GCCUGUCCUCUAGUCCCGGUGCGGCUGCUUCCGGGCUCUGCGCUCCGGGCGGCUUCGCGAGGCCGAGGCCCCGACGCUGGGCCCGGGAGGGGCUGCAUCGCUUGGAUGCCUGGACGCUAGGCUCCCCAGGCAGGCGCGCGCUUUGCCUCGCUCCCGGGAUCUCCCAAGACAUCUCCGGCCUGACCUUGCGAAGACUGAAUCUCAGCUGCGGGCUGGGGUGCCAGUGGGGCCACGUUAUAGGAAUCACAGCCCUCUGAAUCAAAGCAGGAACGUUGCUGGCUGGAGUUUGCCGGAUACCUCACCCCCCACUCACUUAACAGGAGACUUCUUUCUGAGCUGCCUUAGGGCAGCAGUUAGGACUCUCCUGGUCGGUCGGGAGCACCUAGGAACCGAGGCCACCUUCCUUCCUUCCUUCCUUUUUGGAUGGAGAACCGCCUCCCCAGUUUCUGGGGCACCUUGGGGCGUGGCCUUGGUGAGUGAAACUUGGGGUGCUGCCUGCUGGGAAGGAAACCUGGAAGACAGGGAGGACACUGUGACGGUGUCCCAGGCUUUGUCAGAUCCGUAGACUUUUGGAAUCGUGUGUGUGUGCAUAGUGGGGUGGUGGUGAAUGGAUUUGAAUGUGCCUCUCUUUACCUUAAAACUGAAACGGAAACAAGCCACUUCAGGCUGCAUGACCAUCCCGGGAAGAGGAGAGCCACUUCUGAGCUCAGAGUAGGACUCUCCAAGCAGAUUCCUGUUCUUCUGAGCCUAAACACACUCUGGUUUCUGAGGAAAUCCUCAGUCCUCCAUCCAAGAACCUAAGCCGUGCCAGGAAGCAGCCCCAGAAUUGGAGGGCUCAUUGCACACCCCAGCCAUGUUCCUCCGACGCCUUGGUGGCUGGCUCCCUCGCCCCUGGGGCCGCCGGAAGUCGACAAGACCUGACCUGCCCACCCCAGAACCCAGACGGAUGGACAGCUCCUCUGAGAAUUCAGGGAGUGACUGGGACAGUGCCCCAGAAACCAUGGGAGAUCUGGGGUCUCCCAAGACCCAGGACUCAGGUGCACAGAGGAGCUCUGGGGCUGCUCCAGAACCAAGCAGGGAGGCCCAAGUUGAGCAACUGGUGUACAAAAGAAUGGAUUCUCUCAAGUGGGAGAAGACUGCUUCCAGCACCCAAGAGUCUGGGAGACCAGAGGCUGGGGAGACCAUUCCCAAACUAGGACAGGAUCCUGUGGACUCAGAUGGCACCGGGAAACGUGGAGGGUCCCCUGAAGAGGAAUUGAACCCCUCAGUGGCUGAAGCCCUGGUAGAGAAGCCUGGCCGGCAUCAGAAGCUGCUGGGCUGGUUGCGGGGGGAUACAGGUGGGGGAGCAGGGGCUCCCCACCAGUAUCUGGGGGACCCAGAGGAGUGUCUGCAGAUCUCCACCAACCUGACCCUGCACCUGCUGGAGCUGCUGGCCUCAGCCCUGCUGGGGCUCUGCUCAAGGCCCUUGCGGGCAGCCUUGGACGCGCUGGGCCUGCGUGGACCGCUGGGCCUCUGGCUGCAUGGGCUGCUGUCCUUUCUGGCUGCUCUGCAUGGACUCCAUGCUGUGCUGAGCCUACUGACCGCUCACCCCCUGCACUUUGCCUGCCUCUUUGGUCUUUUACAGGCCCUGGUGCUGGCCGUCAGCCUCCGGGAGCCCAUUGGGGAUGAAGAGGCCACUGACUUGGAGGGGGAGAAGUUAGGGAGGGAGGGGGAGGAGCAGAGGGGAGACCCAGGCAAGGGGCUGUGACCAAGGGGUACGGUGUGACCCAGGGUCCUACCCUCAGUGGGGUGGGAGCAAGGAUGAAGAUAGUGUGGGAGGUAUGAUCCAAAUUGUAAGUACAGGGACCUCAGGGAAGGGGCAGAAACCCCAGAGUAUGAGGGCACAGAGCCCCCUCCACACACAGGAGAGCUGUUCAGGGUGUCUGUGUUUAUGAACAGUGGGGGCCUCGCCCUUGAAUUCACCAGCUGUUGUUAAUUUUUGCUUUUACAUUUUUCCCACUUUGUUUUUUUCUUCCACCUCCACUUUUUAAAAGCAAAAAAAAAAAAAAAAGUGUGGUGGUGAGAAUAAAGACUGAAGGGUCCUCUCAACCUUUUAAAAUUCUCCAGGGGUGGAGAAAACCAGUCAGGACAGACAGACCUCUGGGUGGGGUAAGAGGGUGGUUGAGAGACUCGGGGGAUCCCUUGGAUCCUGGGAUCUGCACCAUCUGGGGAAGAGCAGCACUCCUAGGUGGGUACAUUAGGGAGUCUGGAUGGGGUUCCCACAGGUGAUGGGGAGCCUGAAGGGAGGACCUGAGGAUUCCUAGGAGCCAGGGGGAGUGGGGCUGGGUGCAGGCAGUGUUGGCAGGACAGCCAGCUCAUAGGGGCUGGCAGCUCGCAGGCAGCAUGGGGAGCACUGGAGUUUGCAGACCCCACUAGGGGGUUGGGUUUGCUCACUCAGCAAUAAAUAACUGUGUCACACCAAAUGCUAAAUAUACCACUACAAAGCGAGAGUUA